AAUGCUUUCGGUUGUACACGGUGGUCAUCAAAGAAUCCACUAGCUUUACUCACUUCAUUUACCUCUUCAAUCCGCUAGCAAAAACAAAAACAACAUCGUACCAAACAAACCUCAACGAUGUCACAACCUCCUCCGUCAUUCACUCACCUCAGCACACUCGCAGUUUGCUCCACAGAUGCCGCUGAUAGCCAGUUUCUUCCCACACACAUUCCUAUCGUUCAAGGGACUUAAAUUAAAGGUUCGAUUUUUUCUUCACAAAUCAUCAAAUCAUGAUUCACCACAACACCAUUCUCUCUUUCAUACCAAAAUGCAAAACCAUGAUUCAACUCAAAACUUUACACGCUCUUAUACUCACAACCCCAACAAUUAUUAAUACCAUGAUUAUCCCUUUAAGCAAAAUUAUUGAUUUUUGUGUUGAUUCACAACUCGGUGACAUCAAUUAUGCAAAUUCACUAUUUACCCAAAUUCAUUCCCCUAAUCUUUAUAUCUGGAACUCCAUGAUAAGAGGUUAUGCCAAAUCUAACAACCCAUCAAUGUCUUUGCUACUGUAUAAGCAAAUGCUGCAAAAUGGGGUUUGCCCUGAUCAUUUUACCUUCCCAUUUGUACUCAAAGCAAGUUCCUUUAUUGCUGAUUAUAGUAUUGGAAAAUGCAUUCAUAGUUGUGUAGUGAAAUUGGGGUUUGAAGCAAAUGUUUAUGUUGCUACGGGGUUGCUCAAUAUGUAUGUUUCAUGUAAAGAUAUGGAGUAUGGGUUGAAGGUGUUUGAUGAUAUUCCUAAUUCGAAUGUUGUUGCUUGGACUUGUUUGAUUGCUGGGUAUGUUAAUAACAAUCAACCGAGGGAAGCUUUGGAGGUGUUUAAAGAUAUGGGUCAUUCGGGUGUAGAGGCUAAUGAGAUUACCAUGGUGAAUGCUUUGGUUGCGUGUGCUCGGAGUAGGGAUAUUGAUACUGGGAGAUGGGUUCAUGAGCGUAUCCGUAAGGCUGGAUAUGAUCCUUUUGUGUGUGGGUCUAAUAGUAAUGUCAUUCUUGCAACUUCUGUUCUUGAUAUGUAUGCAAAAUGUGGUAGUUUGAAUGUUGCAAGAGACUUGUUUAACAAAAUGCCGAAGAGAAAUAUUGUUGCUUGGAACUGUUUGAUAAAUGCUUAUAAUCAGUAUGAGAGGUAUAAUGAAGCGCUUGAUCUCUUUUCUGAUAUGUUGGCUGAUGGAAUUUGUCCUGAUAAGGCUACCUUUUUGAGUGUGUUGAGUGUUUGUGCACAUCAGUGUGCUUUGGUGCUGGGAGAAACGGUUCAUGCUUAUCUAUUGAAAAGCAAUAUUGCAACAGAUAUUGACCUUGCUACUGCUCUUUUGGACAUGUAUGCUAAGAAUGGUGAAUUAAGAAGUGCUCAAAAGAUUUUUAAUAAUAGUUUGGAAAAGAAAGAUGUGGUGAUGUGGACUAGCAUGAUUAAUGGUUUAGCCAUACAUGGUCAUGGAAAUGAAGCAUUGAGUAUGUUUCAAAUCAUGCAAGAGGAUAGUACUGUAGUCCCUGAUCAUAUUACCUAUAUUGGAGUUUUAUUUGCUUGUAGUCAUGUUGGAUUGGUUGAAGAGGCUCAAAGACAUUUUAACAUGAUGACAAAGAGGUAUGGUAUAGUGCCAGAAAGGGAGCAUUAUAGUUGCAUGAUUGAUCUUUUGAGUCGGGCAGGUCAUUUAGGAGAAGCAAAACGUUUAAUGGAAACAAUGCCAAUACAACCAAAUAUUGCCAUAUGGGGUGCUCUUUUGAAUGGUUGUCAGAUUCAUGAAAACAUCUCAGUUGCCAGUCAAGUGAAAGUACAACUGACAGAACUGAAACCUGUUCAAAGUGGAAUUUAUGUUCUUCUAUCUAAUAUAUACGCUAAUGCUGGAAGAUGGGAAGAAGUAAAUAUGACUAGGAAAACGAUGCAGUGUAAAAGGAUUGCAAAGACAAUUGGUCAUAGUUCAGUUGAAAUGAAGCUGUUAACCUCGUGAUCAAGAUUCACUUGUUCAAAUUAUAAAAUAUUGACUGCUGAAAGAGUUUCAACAAGGGAAAAAAUUGGAACCGUUGUCUACUGGAGCAUUUGUUCACCUCCUUUCAGCUGCCUUGGUCAGUUUAUUUGCAUCAAUAUCCAGGUCUUAACACUGAUGAUAUUCUUGAACUAAUUGUCAUUGAAAACUUGUUCUUGUUCAAAAACAUAUACCCUUACCAUACACAGACCAACAUACAGAGAUGGACAUACAUACCUUUUAGAAUAUUACAUCAUGUGUUAAUAUGCUGUUAUUUAAGAUUCUAAUUGCAAAUUAACAUAGACUACAUCACAAAUUCCAAUGAGAAUAUCCCUAUGCUGGAAAAUACCUAUAAUUUACUUCAUCUUAUGCGAUUUAAUGUUAAUUUUAUAGGUUCCUUCUAGCCAUCAGCUAACAUCAUUAAAAAUUUAUGUAGUUUGCUCCGGUAAUUUGUUAUUGGAGGAGUAGGAGCCUUAGCAUCUUGAAUUUGAUUCUUGUGACAAGACAUUGUCAAAUUUUGACUGCAUUUAUUACUUUUGAACUUCUUGAUAAGAUAUUUUCUUCGUGUGAAUGUUCUUACUUUAUUUAAAUCACGGCUUUGUUCAUUUCCAUAGGAGAUUUUAUUGUAAGGAAGUUAAAACAGUUGCCGCAAAGCAACUCAAAAUUGAGGAGUAUAGAUUUUUCUCAAAGGAUCGUGAAAGACAAUUUAAAACUGCUGCAGUUCUCUUUGGGAUAGAACAAUUCCUUGCAUCACCCUUUUGCUUGGUGGGCAACCUCACUCAAGGCUUGAAAUCAUCAAGUGUAAAAUCAUUGGCACUCAUCUGAAUUAUCAUAAUUCAGCUUUUCGUACUCUGCCAGUUACUGGAUUGUUUAUUGUUUAAGCGGGAGUGAGUUUUGGCUUUCUCCCAAUGGAUCCUUUGUUUCAGUAUACUCUUGUGAUGCAACAUGCAAUGCCACCAGCAAUGAAUAUUUAUUGCUGCAAUGGGUGACGGGUUCAAGUGAUCUUAUUUGCACGGUUUUUAGCAUCUAUUCCACAACUAUUCAAAUUUCAUCUACCCUACAUUACCAUUGCUGUAUCCAUUUACCUCUUCCAGCUGAAGAUCGACUUGAGUAUUAGGACGAUUCCUAAACUUUCUAGGAGAUGAUGAUAUGUUGAUACAUUUGGACUUACUAUUUACACGCACAUACAUAUGAAUAAAAUAAAUACUCACACCUCGGCUACGCCCGGACAUGCGACAAACCUAAAACAAAGACAUUCAUCUUAUGGCUUCAGUCACACAUGCGAUCAUAGGCUUCACAUAUGCGGUGAAAUAUGAACAACAAAUUUCUCUCCAUUUGUUUGCUUGCAUAGACAAAGAACACCCGAUUUCCUAUCUUCUAACUAUCCCUAAAUUGUUCCAAACUCUCUUACACUGCUUCUCAAAGAUCAUGCACCUGAAACACGUACAAAUCAUCAGGAAUAAUUGUUUUUAGAUGUACACAUUCACAUAAUAAGAUUCAUUUUCACUUAAGUACCACAUUUGCAUUAUCAUCAAAAUAAACACAAGCAAGCAAGAAUUAAUGUGUUACAGUUUUCCGAUAUUAGUAGCACUUGGAUGAAAUGACGAGUAUAUCUUCUAGCUUAACUAGAGGUCCCAGGUUCGAAUCUAGUUUUAGACACUAAGUACUUCAAUUAUGUAUCAUCGUCAAUAUACAGUGAACUAGGAACACUAAUUUUAUGUCGACGAUGAAACAAAUUCGUCAUCUUAUGUUAGAACAGUGGGAGCGUCCCCGCCAAAGAAGAGGGGGAGAUCCAGGAAGAUGAGGAAGAUACGAGAAUAAGGAUGAAGGAAGCGAUGACACAUUAUCAAUUGAGUUGGAGUCGUGACAUUGUUGGAGCAGGGACAAUUAUGCUCUAAGGUAUCACGGUAGAGGAAGGAAGUUGGAGAUUGUGGUAUUUAAAUGUGAUGAUUCUCAUGGGUGGUUGUUAAGUGUCAAAAUGUCAUUAUUUUGAGUAUAUAUUUGUGGCACUUAUUGAUUAUAUUCUUUUGGGUUUUAUAAUAAAAUCCUACAUUUUGUGUAAAUAAUAGUAUACUUGAGUUUUGAUUCAUUUUAUGUACUGUUUGACCAUUUUUUAUUCAUUUUAUAGGUAUUGUUGCAUAUUCGAGCAUCGAACAAUAAAGUGUCGAAGGCACGAUUUCGAAUACGCAAUUUUGGAGCAAUAAAGAGGAAAAACUCUGCAGAGCUCGCUAAGCCCAAUCCCUAGCGCGCUACCACUUUCAAUAACAGAGGCAGAGCUGAGCUUUGAAGUCCGCUUAGCGCGGUCACUUUUCCAAGACCAAAUAUUUUUCUCCAGAGGCGGUUUGACGUGUUAAUAAAUGAAAGUCCGCUAAACGAUGCUACGAUAUUUUGUGUUUAUAUUUCUCAUUUCAACACAUUUUCUAGGUUGUGUUUUGGGGAAUAUUUGUCCCAAAUUCAUCAAUUUCAUUCUUAUGUUAGAUUAGCUUAGAAAACAACAAUCGGGCCGUGCAUUUGGAUGAUCGGAGGUGGAUUCUUCACCAAUCGGAACUGACAACCCGUGAGAUGUUUGGUUUAUCUCUUCCCCUCUUUGUGUAUUUUUCUUUUGUUGGGUUUGUUUGUAUAUUUAUCGCUCAUAGUGUUAUAUAAAACUUGCUUUACAAAUCGUUAUUGUUAUCUUCCUUAAUCUUUUUACAUUUAUGUUUAGGAUUUGUGUUGUUGAAGAGAUAUACCUCACAGAUUCUGAUUAUGGAUAGAUUUAUAUUAGCUUCUAGACUCUAGAGAUAGAUUUAGAGCUGACAAUCACCUGUGUGUCGAAGCUUAAUGCUCCAGUGUUUGAGUUACGUGUGAGAGAUCGCCGACGCGAGAAUACGGAUGUUCUCGCAAUAUUGCAUUAGAGAUAAACCUGGUUGUGAUACGUCUCGUUGAUGUUUCAGAGAUGAACACCGAUGCGAGAGAUACAUGCUUGAUAAGUUAUUCUCUUCGAAGAAUGUAUUUACGUUCCUGUUUAUAUUUUUUUACUUUUUGUUUAGUCAAACCCGAGCUUAGAAACAGAGAAACUAUUGAAUGACAUUCUAACCAGACCAUUCUUUGUGGACACGAUAAUUCUCGGAGUAAUACUUUCAAAUCUUUUGCUUGUGGCUGGUGAGGGUAGAACAUUAUUUUUGUUUCAAUAAGGAGCGAAAUUGUGAUAAGUUAGAAACGGUGCUGGUUCCAAUGGUGGGAAGAUCAUACACCAUUUAGUACAUGGGAGAAAUUUAAAUUUGUAGUGAAACACCGUUUUCAAUCGUGUCUGUUGCAUAUUCCACCAGUGUCAUUUUUUAGCUUAAAACAAGAAGAGACAAUGAUGGAAUUUGUGAGAAAUUUGAGAAGUUAGUGGCUCCAUUACGAAGGGAAGAAAGGGAUAUACUUGAUAUCAUAUUUCUUAAUGUACUCAAAGAUGAAAUACAAGCUGAGAUGAAGUUGUAUGAUCAUAAGAUUUGGUAGAUGUUAUGGAUCGUGAAUUGUUGUUAGAAGUAAAGAAUUAGACAUUAAUGAAGAUAU